CCCAGGCCCCGAGCUGAGGAUGGAGAGCCCAGAGGACAAAUCCCCCCUUGAGACCCUGGUGGGAGAGGCCGUUUUGAAGGGCUCCCCGGCGCAGGAAGGCAGCGGGGAGGAAAAGGGCCGGAGAUCCCCCCGCAGGAGGGGCUCCAAAGCCAUCCCAGGGUGCUCUGAGGAGGAAAGAGCCAGCCUGUGCCAGGAUGGCGGCCGGAGCUUGAGGCGGAGCUCCAACCUGGUGGUCCCUGAGCAGCCUCCCAGCAGAGAGAAGCCCUUCAGGUGCUUGGAAUGUGGUAAGAGCUUCAGGAAGAGCUCCACCCUCAUCCGACACCAGCACAUCCACAGUGGUGCACGGCCCUACCUGUGUGGGGAAUGUGGGAAGAGCUUCAACCAGAGCUCCCACCUGAUCAAUCACCACCGCAUCCACACUGCGGAACGGCCCUACAUGUGUAAUGAUUGUGGGAAGAGCUUCAGUGUCAGCUCCAACCUGAUCCAACACCAUCGCAUCCACAGCGGGGAACGGCCCUAUAUGUGUUGGGAAUGUGGGAAGAGCUUCAACUACAGCUCCAGCCUCCGCACCCACCAUCUCAUCCACACUGGAGAACGGCGCUACAAGUGUGGAGAAUGUGGGAAGAGGUUUCAGACCAGCUCAGAUCUCCUGAAGCACGAGCGGAUUCACACAGAUGAGAGGCCCUUCCGCUGCACCGACUGCGGGAAGGGCUUCAAGCACAACUCCACCCUCGUCACCCACCGGCGCAUCCACACGGGAGAGAGGCCGUACAAGUGUGGGGAGUGUGGGAAGAGCUUCACCCACAGCUCUACCUUGACCAGACACCAAAGGACCCACUGGUAAGGGAAGUCCUACCAGUUCCCCGACUGCGGGAAGAGCUUUGGCUGCUGCUUCCACCCCAAAUGAAGCCUCUGAUGUUGAGGCAACCUCUGGAGUCCAGUGACUGUCAGUCCAUCCCUUUCGACCACAAAGUGCCAGUCCCCUUUCUCAGGGGCAGGUUUUUCUAACAGAAGCUUUCUUGGGAGGUGUGUGGAGAUUCCUGCCUUGGCUGGGGACUCCCCAAGGCCACUGCUGGAGAUUGAGAGCAGAGAUGUCCCUACGAGCGUUGGUCUGGGGGAGUUCCAUCCAUCUCCAAAUAAGAAUUAUUUGUGGGGUGAAGUCACAGCCCCACAACUGAAGUUUGAGGAGUUUGGAGUGUUGCGGGGUGUUGGGCCUUUUUCCAUGGGAGCAGUGGAGCUGGUUGGAUAGUUCCCAUGGACACAGCCUUGAGCUGUGUGACUGAAGUGCAGGUGCGCAUUCCUCGGUGUUUUGGUGGAAAUAUGUUUGUGUUGUGUGUGUGGGAAAGUAGAAGUGGGAGUACCUAAUAAAAGACUGCCUGCUGCACUGAGCAGGCAGACAUCUCUUUGUCUCACUACCCUCAUGUGUCUUGUGUGUCGAUUCUUCCCCCUUCGGCCCGAGACCUUUCGACAGGUACCCAGCGACAAUGGUGCCCCUUGUGAACCAGAAGAAAAGAAAAAAGACUGUCGACUAUUGCCUGGGUCGUAGGGGUAUCGCGGCCGGAGGCAGGUAAUAUUUCUGC